AUCUGCACGAUAAGUCUGCUCCUCAUCUUUUAUAAGACAAAAGAAAUAGCGAGAACUGAGGAGCACCAGGAGACGCAACUCAUCGGGUAACCUUAUGCAAGAAAUAUUUUCAGUGAAGCUAUUCAAAAGUCAUGUCUGAUCUGGAAUGAGAGAUAAGUAGAGGGUGGCAACAUCCUUCAUGUCUUACAUUCAUGGGAAGGAAAAGCCUUUUCCAAGACAGAACUGCUACCAACAUCACAAGUGAAAAAUCCCUUGGGACCCACUUACCUUUAUACAAAGAAAUUUACUCUAGAGCUUUAUUUCACUAAGCCUGGUCUUCUCACAUGAAUUCUAUGAACUAUAAGAAGUGUAACUAGUUGUAGCUGCUUCCAUUCGAAGCUCUUUCCAGUGAUAAAAGUAUUGAAUUUGGCAUAUCACUAGUUGAAUAAAACAAGUCAAGCAGGAGAGUAACAUGCUAUAGCAUGUUAUUCACAUGAAACUGAUUUAAACUACUUUUUCAAAUAUCUUGAAGAUUCUGAAAAGGAUCCAUACACUUAAGUAUAUCGUAGCAAUCAUUCUGCCAUAUAAAAGUGUAUCUGUAUCCACUUUUCAAUGAAGCAACAUUCCAUAGAUUUUUCAAAAUGCAAGCUCAUGCAUAUUUCUACUUCCCCUAUGAAAGUUUAUUGGUGGUGAAAAUAAUUAUUAUCAUAGCAAUGUGUGGUUAGGAAAAUAUAUUAAUAGCCUAGUUAUUAACAGGAUGAAGAUUGGAAAGAUCCUCCCUCACCUUUAAAAUAGUGAUAGUUUGUGCCUGUACUCAUGAAGUCAUAUCUCCAAAAGUGUGAAGGUUAACCUCUUAUAUAUCCAUGUUUUCAUUCACAUGUAGUUAUUAUCAUUAGACAUAUAAUAUGAUAAUUAACUUCUGGGUUGCUGAGUAGUAAAGUUCACUCCAUGUUUUCUAACAUCCUAAAUGACCUCUGUAAAAUUAUUAUUAGGCAUGCAUAGGCAUGCAAAGGUAUCAUUGUCAUCAGUAGCAUAGUUUAAAAUAUUAUGGUUCUAAACUUCACAGAGCAUAGUGGCACAUGAUGCUUUGAGCUGCUUCAAAUUUAAACUACAAGUUUAAAAAAGAAUUCAAACCAGAAUACCAAACUAUAAGCCUUCAAUUACAGAAUUUAUCCAACAGCUGUUACACAGGCAGUGUUUCCAUUGAUAGUAGGAGAGGGUUGCCUACAUAAUAAACACAGAUUUAGACUUUAUUAUUGAGCAAAUAGUCAUGUUGCUUUUGAACUGUUUCUGAUGUGCUAAAAAUUAAAAGAUGGGAAGUAAAGAAAUAAAUGUACAUAUUGAGAGGGCUAUGAUCUUCGGUGGUAUGCCAUAAGAAGUGGCUUUUCAAUUCUCUGAGUCUGAAUUUGCAUAUAUGAAGCAUAAAAAAAUAUUCUAUUGAAUAAAGAAUUGGUUCAACUAUAAAUGUCCUAAUGGCAUAAAUGCUAUUAUAGAUAUCUGUCACCAUCAUCACCUCCACCAGCCCCCUUUCUGCUACCAUGCUACAUUAUAUACUAGCUUAACAUUAUUUGUUGGAGAGGGGUAGUUUAUUUAUUUAUUGUUUUGAUGUAAUAGAAAAUAGUAGUAAUAAUGGCUACUGAAUGAGUUUUCUCCCUACUACAAUCUCUGUCUACCCACAACAACUGUUAGGGAAGUACCUCAUGGUUGACACGUUUUUAAGAGCAAUGCAAUUUUUAAAAUUGGCACUUCAAUAAUGCUUUAUAAACUACUUUCACAUACAGAGUCCCAAUUAAACCUCACAAAGUCAUUGCAUAUUAGCUGUUGUUGUAGUUUUCAUGAUAAAGUAAGGCUGGUGUGGCCUAGAAAGAGAAUAUUGUUUAAGAACACAAGGCUGGCAAGCCAUAGAAUCACAAACAUGCCCAGAACAGAUCACCUGCUAUCCCAAGCUCUUCUUUCUUCAAAACAAAAGCUCCUUCCUUUACACAUAUAUGCCUUCUGUAAAAAUGAAAUUACAAUCUAAGGAAUCACAAUUCUGUAGAUGCAGAGAAUUGACCAGAUAAUGUCUCUAUUGUUUAAACAGUCAGUGAGAGGGUAGUGGAGAACAGAGCUUUACGCUUUAUUUUAUCUUUAAUUGACAAAUAAUAAUUGUAUAUAUUUAUGGGGUACAAUGUAAGGUUUCCAUGCAUGUAUACAUUGUGCAAAGGUCAAAUUAGGCUAGUUAAUAUAUCCAUCACCUCAAAUAUUUAUCAUUUCUUUGUGGUGAAAACAUUUAAAAUCUUUUCUUUCAGCUAUUCUGAAACAUAAAUCCAUUAUUAUUAACUAUAGCCAGUGUGCUAUGAAAAGAACACCAGUACUUACUCCUUUUAACUGAAACUUUGUACCUGUUGACCAACUUCUCCCCUUUCUCUACUCAGUCUCUGGUAACCACCUUUCUACUCUCUAAUUCCACGACUUUGUUUCAGAAUCCACAUAUAAGUAAGAACAUGUGGUAUUUGUCUUUCUGUGCCUGGCUUAUUUCACUUAAAAUAAUGUCCUCUAGGUUUAUCCAUUUCCUGUGUUUUUAGAAUGAAUAUUAUUCCAGGGUGUAUAUCUCCCACAUUUGUAAUCCAUUUAUUGCAUGAUGGGCACUUAGGUUGUUUCCAUAUUUUGACUGUUGUGAAUAAUGCUGCAAUGUACAUGGGUGUGCAGACAUCUCUUAGAUACACCAAUUUCAAUUCCUUUGAGUAUAUACCCAGAAGUGAGACUGCCAAAUUACAUGGCAAUUCUAUUUUUUAUUUUUAGAUUUGAUGAGAUUUUUUUACAUACUUCUUACUGUGGAAAUAGUUUCAUUUCAAAAAGUGUAAGAGUAGAUCCUUGUCCUGAUAGAGUUAUAUUCAUUUAAUCCCUCUAACACCUUUCAUUAUGCUUAUACAUCUCCUUCUGACUUGUAGAAAAAAACUGUAUCUAUAAUUUUUUUGCCAGUAAUGUAAAUUAAACUAUGUAUUGUGCUACUUAGACAAAUGCUUCUUACUUUCACAAAGCUGGCAUUUUUGUUUUGUUUCAGAGAUGGUGAAUUGUGUUUGAGUCGAUCACUUGUCAAUAGUUCUGAUAAAAUCAUUCGAAAGGCUGGCUCUUCAAUCUUCCAGCAUAAUGUAGAAGGUUGGAAAAUUAAUUCCUCUUUGGUCCUGGAGAUAAGGAAGAACAUACUUCGUUUCUUAGAUGCAGAAAGAGAUGUCUCAGUGGUCAAGAGCAGUUUUAAGCCUGGUGAUGUCAUACACUAUGUGCUCGACAGGCGCCGGACACUAAAUAUUUCUCAUGAUCUACACAGCCUCCUACCUGAAGUUUCACCAAUGAAAAAUCGCAGGUUUAAGACCUGUGCAGUUGUUGGAAAUUCUGGCAUUCUUCUAGAUAGUGAAUGUGGAAAAGAGAUUGACAGUCACAAUUUUGUAAUAAGGUGUAAUCUAGCUCCUGUGGUGGAGUUUGCUGCAGAUGUGGGAACUAAAUCAGAUUUUAUUACCAUGAAUCCAUCAGUUGUACAAAGAGCAUUUGGAGGCUUUCGAAAUGAGAGUGACAGAGAAAAAUUUGUGCACAGACUUUCCAUGCUGAAUGACAGUGUCCUUUGGAUUCCUGCUUUCAUGGUCAAAGGAGGAGAGAAACACGUGGAGUGGGUUAAUGCAUUAAUCCUUAAGAAUAAACUGAAAGUGCGAACUGCCUAUCCAUCAUUGAGACUUAUUCAUGCCGUCAGAGGUUACUGGCUGACAAACAAAGUUCCCAUCAAAAGACCCAGCACAGGUCUCCUUAUGUAUACACUUGCCACAAGAUUCUGCGAUGAAAUUCACCUGUAUGGAUUCUGGCCAUUCCCUAAGGAUUUAAAUGGAAAAGCUGUCAAGUAUCAUUACUAUGAUGACUUAAAAUAUAGGUACUUUUCCAAUGCAAGUCCUCACAGGAUGCCAUUAGAAUUCAAAACAUUAAAUGUGCUACAUAAUAGAGGAGCUCUAAAACUGACAACAGGAAAGUGUGUAAAGCAAUAAAACACAUUUUAAAACACACAAACUGAAUAUGCACUUCUUUUCUGAAGAUGCUUCUGAAGAUUGGAAAAUAGGAUCCAAAACCUGGCUGGGUCUCGACAUCCACCAAUUAACUGAAAGGCUGAUAAAGGACGUUCGUGAGAAAUCCACUACCAGCUGAUGAAAUACCUGCAAAGUGCUCUAAAAAUUAAAUAUUUUGACUUCAAGGGUCCUAGUAAGUGCCACUUCCACUAAGAAUACAGUUUGAAUGUAUAAUCAGUAGUGUUUACAAGAUCCAACAAUGCACUCAUCAUUGGUUAGCAAAGCAAAUGUGUUCAUCACUGUCGGGCUGCCACUGCAAAGCCAAGCACAUUAGAAGAGGAACCCCAGGAACACAACUCAGCCCUUGGGAAGUUACACCAUCCUCAUCAGCAGGAAUCAAGAUGGAAACAGUUUGAGCAGUGAAAUUUACAAGAUCAAGCAACUCAAGUAAAUGCCUUCAGUCAGGACUCUGAGUCUGAUCAUGAAUUCUAUGUUUUUGUUUAUGUUUUAGUUUGUCUUCUGGAAUCUCUUUUGGUUUGGGUAUUGGGGUGCUUAGAAAUCCUUUCUGAGAUACAUAGGAAGAGAAAAAUAAACUUCGAGUAAUCAAUUCUAAAGUUCUUAUAUUUUUAAAAAGCAAUCACACAAAGACUUUUUUUUAAAGUUUUAUUUUGCACAACUGUAAACCUCCAGAUUAUUUUCUAAUGGUGUAGAAGGUACCAGCUAAACUGUACCACUAAGUAAUAUUGACCCAUUCUAAAGGAAAGAUGUUCUCUGUCAUCUAAGUUGGUAAAAUAAGCAGAAAAACAUGCUCUUUUGGUACCAAAGAUUAUACUCAUGUUUCUACACAACAAAUCAUUUUCCUUUCGUGAAAAUAAUAUAUUAAUAACAUGAAUAUAUUAUUAUGCUAUUAAUGUGAAAGUUCUUUCUAAAUAUUUUAAAAUUUCCAAACUGAAACUUUAUUUUUAUUUGAAGGAAGACUGACCACACCUUUUACAUAUCAUAAUAAUUUUGUGGAAGCCUUUUUCCCCUUAGAAUAAAUGUUUGAUAGACAUAGCUGACAUGUGAAUUCCAGUUCUUCAAUAUUCCCCUUGUUAUUCAAAUAGAAAGAUUGGCAUGCUGUUUAUAUCAUUAUGAAAUCUCUUCAUGCAGAAAUACCAUGAUUUAUGGUGAGGUUUUCAUCACAGAGAUGAUUAAUUUUAAGAGUUUUAAGAAUGAAACUGCGUGUCAAUAUUUUGCACUUAAAAUGAAUUCAAUUGACCAAUAUUUUUCUUUAGUUAAAUUUAGUCACCGUAUCACACAACUAUGUUUUUAAAGAAACACAUAUGAUUAUUUAAAAAAUCAAUUUUUAAAAUUUUAAUAUAUAACAAUUGACUAAUAGGCUAGUUUUCUUGUAACUUAUAAUGCUGGUAAGUAAUUUUGAUGGUAGAUUGUUUCUUUAGAAAGCAGAAGCACUGUGUUCUCACUUCUACUUCGGCCUGAAACAAUUUGUUUGACUUCUCGUUUCUUGGGGAAAGCAAUGUGAGGAAAGAAGAAAUAGCAUGGGGAAUAUGUAUAUUUUGUUUCUUAGGGGAAACAGUCUGAGAAAUGAAUAAAAAGCAUGGAAUGAAAAUAUAUAUAUAUAUAUAUAUAUAUAUAAUCAUUGAAAAGGAUAUUCACAGUAGUAUUGUUCUCAAAAUUUUUAAUUACAUUUUUUUUUAAUAUUGUAAAACCUUGGGAUAAAGAAGAGUAUAUUUUCUGAGAAUUUAUGUGUCUCUAAGAAAGAAAAACCUAAUGCAUAUAGACUGAUAGCUAAAAAUGAAUAAAGUAUUAAUGUACUUUUAUUAUUUAAUAUUAAACCUCUGUUGGAAAUUUUCAGAGAAUUAGGUGCAAGCUUUGAAUUUAAAGUUGAAAAGUCUGAUGUACUUAACAAAUCAAAAGUAGGCAAUUUAUAAAAUUGAAACUUGGACUACUUGCAAAGGAUAAGUUGUUCUAGUAGCCUUUAAUCUGAAUUCAAUAGAAAUCUAGAAGUCACAAGUAAAUUUCUUAUUGGUAAAAUCCAUCUCGGCAGUCAUUCAAAGUAUGUUUCUAAAAAGCAGUAGCAAGAUACCUUGCCAUUUUUAGUGCAUUUUCAACCAAUGUAUUUAAACAAUUUUAAGGCCACAGCAAACAUAUCUCAGCCAUUCACUGUUCUGUGCAUUGAUGUUUAGCUCAUAGAUUGAGUAGUGCCUUUCUUAGCUUUUUCACACUGCUUUGUCACCCUCUGUUUUGUGUUCUCUAAAUACUUUUCCCAGUUCCGAAAGUGUUCUACAUUAAAAAAAGGGCUUCAGUAUCGACUGAGACUACUUUUGUUCAUCUCAGGGAACUUUCAAUACUCAAGAAUGAAUUCAAUUAAAGGUAUUUAGUGUUCAAAGAAGACAAACUGUACAAGCCCAUUUCAUUCCCUGUCGUAUACCUUUCAUCUGCCCUCCUCCUUGACUAUCUACUGUGGCCUUCUUAGAGGGUUGGGGCAAGGAAAUCAUUGAAGGGUAAUAGCAAGAGUAAAAGUAAUUGAUAUUUAACCAAUAAAGGGGCAUGAGGGAUCAUAAUGAAAUCAAAUUAUAAAUACAUACUUGAAAUAUUUGGGGUUUUUUUUUUGAAAAUACCACAUAUUCACAGUUUUUAAUUUAUUUUUCAUGAUUUAAUCCUGUACCUGGUAGUGUUCAGGCAGCUGAUUGUGAAAUACUCCUGCCCUUUACAGAACAUGGUUGUUAUUAUGCUGUUGACAUGAAUAGGCCAUGGAAACAUUUUCAUCACUAUUACUCAGCCUGUUCUAUAAUUAAUAUUAAGUUGUUGAAACAAAAAGUGAAUCAGUAAUAGAUUUUCUGGGCAAAUCUCAUGAUUCUGCCCUCAGGACUGAUGAAACUACUGUGGAAGUUUUUCUAUCUGAAAGAAGGUGCUGGUCAUUAAAAUGUCUUCAUGUAUUGUAUAGCAUAUGAAUUGUAUAUCAGUGCUAAUGGGAAUUUCUACAUAUAUGCUUACAGAAGCAAUUUAUUUAAAUAAUGCUAGAGGUAGUGUACAUACCAACUAGUUAUUAAGCUACUACACAGAAAAAGGGUGAACAAAGUAAUUUAUUUCUAAUUGAGCCAGUUAGUCAUAAUGCACAUAAUGUGAUAUUUGGUUCAUAAAAGAAUUGUUUUCAUAUGGUUAUUGUAGGGAGUAUCUAUAAUUGUGGAAGGGGUAUGGGAAGAGUUAUGUAUAGUUAGUUUUCAUCUCUACAGAUUUGAAAGUUUUCCCAUCAAAUAUUAUCAAUAUACCAGUGUUUUAAAAAUUCAGUGAGGGUCAUUGUUUGUAUUUGAUUAAAGAAAAUCCAAAUAAAGCCCACCUAGAAAUAGAUAUUUUAUUAUAUAUGUGCUAUAGAUAUAUCUAUAUAGUACAAAUAGACAUGUGUGAUGCAUAUAUACAAUGCUAUAUAUGUGAAUCUGUGUGUUUACACACUCAGUCUGUAAUAUGUACACUCUAGAUUUGUGUUAUGCUAACAUCUUCAGGGUCUGCACUGUGAUCUGCUCUGGAGAUAAUAAGUGAGACCACUUUACAAUAAAGAAGUUCUUCUGAGACUUCAGUUACUAACUUGUUUUAAGAGGGAUAUGCUUUAUAACUGAAUUCUAUGUUGUUCAUACCUAGAGUUACAAUAAGGGUCUACUAUGCCAAAAUGUUAAAGAAUAAAUAAAUAAAUAAAAAGGAAAAAAAAUUUGUCAAGCUAGCAAUGUAUUUGAAUUACAGUUUUCAGAUUGUGGCCUCACGCCUUGUGUUUCUCUUUUAAGUAGCACCUUUUAAUAAAUACUGUUUCUUUGUGUAGGCAAAAGCACAAGUGUUUCAAAUGUAUAUAGCAGGAAAAAAAAAGUUUACAGAGAUAGCACUGCUGCACAGGAUAAUUGCUACUGAGUGUUUCUUAUACGAUUUGUGGAAUGAAAGAUAAGGUUUAUUCUGUCAGGUUCAUUCUGUUCAACACUGUUUUCCUAUUGUUUAUGUAUAUCAACUGGGUAUUGUUUUAUCAUUUGUAAAAUUGUAAAAUAAAUUAAAUCCCUUUUUUUUCAAUUUUUC